AUUACAACCUGCACCAUCAACACUCGCGACUGCCUAGGAAAAGCUGUCGAGAGAAUUCAGUCGAGACCGCGUAUCCCGCCGCUUGCUAGAUUUCGCUCUGCGCGUUUUUUGGCGACUAUCCCAAGAUGGCGGAAUCGAUCGAGGACCUUGAAUCCGUCGUUGGUGUCGACGAUGACCCGGACGAAGAGGUGCAAGUGCUGCCUUUGCGGCCAGUCUUACCAGCGCGACCGUCCAAGUGUCCGCGUGCGCCAUGCUUGAAACUCAGCGGAUCUGGCUCGAGCGACAUUGACUCUUUCAGCAGCCCUGAUCGGAGCGCGCCAAACAGUCCGUUCAUGAGAGCUUCGUCGCUCACGAUGACUGCGUAUGAAAGCGAUUUCAGCACCGCUGCCGACGCCUCACCCUCUUUCCGAUGCUUUUCGGGCACACCGCUAUGUCAGCGUCACGUGCGUUUCGAUGACGGCCAGCCUGAGGCUGGUCUGACUCAUUCAAGCAAGCAGUACGACCGCACUCCGAUUGAGUCUACGCAGUGCAAAGGGUCAUCCCUGGACCUCAGUCUACGGCGAUGCGCAACGCGAAGUGGAGAUGACGGAGAUGAUGAAGCGGACGCAGAUGCCUCACCGGGCGAGGAAAACGGCAUCAAGAGUCGUCUAGCGGCAAAGGUGAUUGGGAGCGAGUACUCUGGCACAUGGACGCAGCUCAUGGCUGGCAGCAUUAUCAAGCCCGACAAACCACAAGAAAAUUUGCCACGUGGUGAGCAAAUCUACAGGGAGCCUGCCGACGGCACUCAGGCCAAUCUGCCGACCCACUCUUUCCGAAGCUUUGGCGGUCUUGCGGACAGUAUCAUCAAGGGCGAGCAGGUGGAGGAAGAAGAGCAGGACGAGGAGCCGAAGCCGAAGGCUUCACCUACCACCAGGCUGCGCUCGGCCGACGCAACGCCGAUGCAAAGUCCAAGCGUGGCACGCGCUUUUGUGAUGCAUCCGUCCUACUUUGAGCUUGAACAUGUCCAGUCGUUCGCUCCUCCUCGCCCACCUUCACUAGUACAGUCGCGACCGACUCUACGCAUACAGGUGCGCCAGUUCGAAGACUCAUCGCAGUCUACCGGCUUUGACUCCGUCGGCGACGUCCACGAAACGCCGACGCAAACACGGUCGAAAGCAAGUGUUGCCGACGCCACAAUGCCCGAGAGAACCGAAGCACUGUCGAAUGCCAGCCAAGACAUGCAGUAUCAGAUGCAGAAUACUUCGCUCUCAGAUCUGACGGCGACCGCGCUGACGCUCAAGCACCUUGAGAGCACGCGCCUGAAGCUGACUGCCACGCCAAGCUCUCCGUUUCGAGACUCUGAGUCGGAGACAAGCACCGGUUCAGGAACCAUGAGCUGCACAAGCGACCAGGACUCGCCGCCGCUUAGCUGGCUUAGCGGCAGCAGUGGAUGCACGAGCCCGGACUCGAUGCUGUCGCACCUGGCCGGCAUGUCUCGCUCAAUAUCAGCAGACUCGGCGAUGGUCAAGCAGCUGCACAUCACCCAGGAGGACCUUGACAGCAUACCCAUUGCGCUCUCCUCCGCUUCAACGGACGGCUCAUCAGAGCUCAUGGCGCUAGAAUUGAGAAAUGAGGCUGCGUCUGCGCGCUUCGUUGACCGGCUCGUGCUAGCAGAGGAGAGCAACUACCCCAGCGGCUCUUCCUCGUCGCCGAUGGUCUCGACGGACGAUGAAUCACGCGGCGGAUGUCGCUUCCUCGCGAGCGUUCUCGCCGGUAGGCAGAAGCACGGCCUUCCAGCCAGCGGCCGCAGCGCGAUCGAAACGGUGGCGACCUCCACGCGCAGUCCGAGCAAGAAAGACAGCGGUAACGCUAGGAGCGCUGGCGAUGCUAGCAGCGGUAGCAGCGGGCAUACCACUUGCGAGGACAGCGACGCUAGCGUGAUCAACGCGAUACGGAUAGGCGGAGAGAUGGUGAAGAGAAGAAAGAAGAAGAGUAAGCCGUCUGCGUUCCGUUGUGCAAGCUUUGACGAAUGCGAGGGUGCACUCGGGGGAUUCUAGUCACAGGCACGCCACGCUGAGGGGAUGGGACAGCUAGAGAUGCAGGACAAAUCUGGCUGUCUGGUCGAGCCUAGCGAACAGGGCGU